CAAACACUCCCCACAAUGUAUCACUUUGAUUUCGCCACAUUCAACACGGAGGCCGAGUUGGAAGCGCCCGAAUGCGGGCAGGAGGAGGAGCCCUCUUCGCCGCCGCUCACCCGAGGACUGCCGCUGCCCGUGCCCGAGAUAGUGGCCAUCAACCCCAGCGAUCUGACGCCCUGUCCGUGCUGCAGCCGCACCUUCAACUUGAAUGCCCUGCGCAAGCAUGUCGUCGUCUGCGAGAAGAUCUCAAAGAAGCGCAAUACCUUUGAUUCCUCGCGCCAGCGCCGCGAGGGCACAGCACUUUCCACGUAUGUCCUUCCCAAAAACUUUGGUCUGCCCAAUGCUGAGAAGGUGUCUGGAGUUCACAACCCCACCGCUGGGAGUCGGGAUCCCGUAGGCACGGGAUCCACAAUACCAACAGAGAGUGUGGGCUCUCCUCUGCCCAUUCGUCGCAACUCCCAAACCGAGCUGGUUCGCUCUACGGCCCGAGCUUCCGUGCGUAGAGCAGGGGGCACAGCAACAGGAACAGGAGGUGCUGCAACAUCGCCCGCAGGCGACCCAAACCAUGUACCAGCCCGCGAUCGCUCGCCGGCCAAGCGCAUCAAGGGUGUGGCCUCCGAGCACUGUCCCCACUGCGAGCGGAACUUCAACGUGAAGACCUUCGACCGGCAUGUGGAGUGGUGCAAGGAGAAGGCGAUUCAGGCCACCAUGAAGCUGACCAACACCCAGGAGACGUCGAAAGCAAAGGAACGGCUGGACGCCAGGAAGCAAUACAGGCCGCCCAAUCUCAAGACGAAGCGCUCAAUCAACCGGAACAAGUACUCCGGCAACCACGAGGAUCUGCUGGACGCCGGCGACAUGACGGCCCCCAAGCAGAGCCUGAUGUCGUUCCCCUCCAUGACCUCGUCCGUGCACAGUGAUAAUAUCCGUAAUUGUAAACGUAUCCUUGUGGUAGACAGAUACUUCGUAUUGCGCCUUGCGCCUCACCGUACCCUCCUAAAGCAAAUAAGCUGGCACGCCCCCAACCAAAGAACGGGACGCCCGCAGUCCGCAGCAAGGCCGAGGGAGCCAGGACAAAAGUCACUCAAAACACAGUCACCUUGUGCGUGACCCAAGACGACGAUCCACCAGCAGCACCAGCUCCGCCAAAGGAGCGCGUCCUACGCGCCAAACGCAAGCCUAUCGAGACUUGUGACCGCAUCACCGAAACCA